UGUCCUUUCCAUGUCUGCUCUCUCUCUCUCUGUCUCUCUCUCUGUGUAAAUCUUAGCGGAAAAUCUGACAAAAAUUCCUUCCCAGGUCUCUGUCCUUUCUCUGUCUGCUCUCUCUCUCUCUCUCUCUCUCUCUCUCUCUCUCUCCACGCUCCCUUACCCAUAAACCAAAGCUCUAAAGAUUUUUCUCAGGAGCCAAACAUAAGCCAUUAGACCACAGAUUCUUGAAUUCCCAUACACUCCAAAAUCUCUCUCUCUCUCAAGCUAGGCCAAACUCUACCAUGCAGGUCUCCGUCUCACCAACGGUUUUCGUCCAAACCAGUUAAUUAAUUAAUAUCACGUAACCGUGCCUUUUUUCUUGUUUGGGAUCAAAAUGGGGUCGGCGACAUCUUCGAUGGCCGCUAAAUUCGCAUUCUUUCCACCGGACCCGCCGUCUUAUACCAUAUAUGUCGAUGCGGCGACUGGGAAAAUGAGGAUGUCGGAUGUUCAUCAGAGAGAUGACGUGGACGUGUUGAAGCUGAACACCAAGAGAGGGAAUGAGAUUGUUGCCAUGUACGUGAAGAACCCGUCGGCAUCUAUGACUCUGCUCUACUCUCAUGGCAAUGCCGCUGAUCUUGGCCAGAUGUAUCACAUUUUCACUGAGCUUAGCCUUCACCUUGGCGUAAAUCUUAUGGGGUACGACUAUUCUGGAUAUGGACAGUCGUCUGGAAAGCCGAGUGAGCAGGACACAUAUGCCGACAUAGAAGCUGCUUAUAAAUGCCUUGAAGAGACAUAUGGAGUGAAGGAGGAAGACACUAUCUUGUAUGGCCAGUCGGUUGGUAGUGGACCUGCUCUGGAACUGGCUACCCAUUUGCCCCGAUUGAGAGCUGUAAUUCUUCACAGUCCCAUCUUGUCUGGCCUGCGUGUCAUGUACCCAGUGAAGCGCACAUUCUGGUUUGACAUAUAUAAGAACAUUGAUAAGAUUCCACUAGUCAAUUCCCCGGUUCUGGUCAUUCAUGGAACUGAAGAUGAAAUUGUGGAUUUCUCCCAUGGUAAGCAGCUGUGGGAGCUUUGUAAAGAGAAGUAUGAACCUUUGUGGAUUAAAAGAGGAAAUCACUGCAACUUGGAACUCUAUCCAGAGUACUUAAAGCAUCUCAGGAAGUUCAUAUCAGCCGUGGAGAAACUACCCCGUCUGCAGAUUGUGGCUGGGGAAAGUGCAGAACAAUCAGAGAACUCAGUGAGUGCCACAGACCAAAAGUCCAGACCAAGCACAGAGCACAAAGAGAAGUCCAGGUCUAGUACUGGGCAGAGGGAAAAGUCUAGGCUGAGCACAGACCAUAGGGAAAAAUCAAGAACCAGCACAGACAAGAGGGAGAAGUCAAGAAGGAGUAUGGAUCGGUCUGGAAAGGCCAGGAACAGCACAGAUCAAUCAGAGAGAGCAAGGAAUAGCUUUGACCGGUUGGGAGACAUGGUGAGAUCAGUUGGAUUGUGUAAUGUUGAUUGUUUGAGGCAGACAGCUUUGGAGGCCUGACUUUCAAGGAUUCAGUACUUCUGAAUGGGCCACAAGAUUUCUAUAAGAAUUCUAACGUUUGGUUGAUUGGUUGGGAAGUUCAACUCAUUGUUAUAUCAAAAGGUGAGAGAGAUUUUUAAGUGUUAAUGGUGCUAAAGGGCUAGUUGUUCUGGCACAAGUAAAAUGUCUGUUUCAGAUUCCACAAAUUCAUUUAUAAUUUUUGUCUAUUUUGGCAAAAUGACUUUCAUCUCAAAUAACAAGUAA